ACAUGGGGGAGAAGUAUUCCUGUUUCAAGUGCAGGAAAUGUCUUUCAUGUAAGUCCUAUUUUUAUAUAUACCAGUGAUAAUACAAGAGGGAGCAGCCACACCCUUGUUCAGAGUGCGGGAAAUGUUUUUCACAGAAGUCCAGCCUGCAUAUAUAUCAGAGACCUCACACGAGGAAGAUGCUAUAUCCCUGUUCUAAGUGCGGGAAAUGUUUUCUCAGAUAAGUCUAGACUUUAUAUAUAUCAGAGAGCUUACACAGGUGAAAAGCCAUAUGUCUGUCCUGAGUGCGGGAAAUACUUUUCAGUGAAGCCCAGUCUUCACACACAUCAGAGAUCUUACACGGAGGAGAGAAGUUGUAUACCUGUUCAGAGUGUGGGAAAUGUUUUUCAGAGAAGCCCCUUCUUCAUAUAUGACAGAUAUCUCAUACGGGGGAAAAGCUGUAUUGGGGACAAGAGGGUAAGUGAGAGCUGUGUAAAAGCACUGAGAUUAAUAUAUUGCAUGGGAACUGAACUGUAUGUAUUGAACUAUAUGUUUAAACUGAGGAGGGGUUCACCUGGGGGGUCUUAG